AUGGAUACUGUUCGAGUGUUCGGUUCACUUUUGGGUGAAGAACCAAAGCUAACAGGAGGGACAUUUGUGGAAAAGAAUUAUAAGGAACUGAAGACAUUGAACCCGAAAUUGCCAAUACUGAUCCGCGAAUGCAGUGGAGCUGAACCCCAAUUAUGGGCGAGAUUUGACUUUGGUGUUGAGAAAGGCAUCAAAUUGGAAGGCUUGUCUGAGGCACAGAUCUCCAAGGCACUUGAAGAUCUGGUGAAAGCCGGAGAGAUUUUGAAAGCUUGAUAUUGCUGCUUCUGAACUGUUUGGAAUGGAAUAAUGCUCUCAUGCUAUACUUCUAAUUACAUUUGCUUAUGGUUUAUAAUAAACCAGAGUUUUACCAUUAUUUCUAAUUGUAAUUUAUCUGGUUUCAUUCGGUCUCUAUGUGCAUCUUAUAGUCACUUCA